GCAAGCCAAAAGCAAAAAUGGUCUUAUCAGCUCCCUUGGGACACCAUGCCUGCAAAGCUGACCGGACCGGCAGUGGGUUCGUAAUCGACCUGCAUGCAGUGCCAGCGCGGCGGAUGUCGCAAAGAUGCUGCAGCACACCGCACCGAGUUUCCAAGUCCCCCCCGGGCACUCGCUAGGGCGGCUGGGUGCAGGCCCCGACAGUCAGCUCCCCCCUCCCCUCUCAGGAGCCAACGAUGCGAGGAUGGAGGCAAUUGGACGAGAAACCCCCAUGGUCUGACUGAUCACCAAGAGUCUUGCAUGUGUGGAUGGCGCGAAAGUCACCGAGUGCGGCACCAUCGCGGGGCAUCUGAAGUUGGCAAACACCAGACGACUCGUAUCGCGGCGUAGCGUAGCCCACGUACAUCUCUCUGCACUUCUGUACACGGCAUGUGCAAAGUGUGGGACAAUGAAUCAGACUGACGAUGGGCUCGGAGACGAUACGAGACACCGCUGGUCUCCUGCUAUUGGUGAUGUCACAAUCCACUCGACGGCAGCACCGGGCUGACUCCUGAGGAAAAAAAAAACAUGAGCCAAGUGGCUUUUGGGCCAGUAGGUAUCAGGGAACGGAAAGACAUUGCCUAGCGCAGAGGCCACGCCCGGAGGAAUUAAUGGGCUUUUGACAUUCCCGGCCAAAAUUGGGGACAAAAUCAGCAAAAUAUUAUUCAAUAUCGACUGGAGCCGAGGAUGGAGCCUGCGCCUGACGAUCCCUGUGCGAGCUGCUGCAGACUCCAGUCUCCAGAGGCUGUCCCGGCACGCCGCAGACGCGAUGGACACCAGUGACGAGCGAUAGCGAUGCAAGAUGGGGAUGGACUGAUGAAAUGGGAAGCUCGGUUUGGUUCACGGCGGAGAGGGUUACACCGAGCCUGUCGACCGGGGCUCGGUUCGUCAGUCUAUCCAUACUGACAGAGAGCUACGCAGCUAGAACGGAUCCAUGGAAGCAAUGGGACGGAUAGCUCGAGUUGGGCCGACAGGACAGGGGUACGUCGUCGGGGCGGCGAAACAGGGAAUCUUUAUAUGCACAAAGAUGUGUUGCCCCCAGCCGACUGGGCGACGCCAAUGUGCAUUCUGCCUGGGACGAUCUUCAACAGGUUUAAACGCCAAUCCCCUUUGCUCGCUCGCUCUGCCAGUUCUCGUCUGAUCAUCCUUCGCUGUUCUGCUACGACGCUCGCUCGCCUUUGCUGUUGUCCAUCGCCACCUACAACACGGUAGACUCUCGUCACCCCGACUGUCCAGAGUUGUUCACAUUCCAAGCCAAGUCUCAGGCUCGUGAAAUUGGCGGGACUGCAACAAUCUACACACAUACCUGGCAGCUUCCACCCAUUGGACGGAUACACAGUAUGCCUCUGCGUUCGUCCAUUCUCAAACGAUAAACAUUCAGCAGCAAGGUUUUUUCUUUGCUUUUGAUACCGAACCCCGGGGACCGCAAAAGAAGCGCGCGGCGUGCCUCAAGCCGACCCUCACAUCCCAAAAGCUGUUAGCUCGACGGGUCUCACUACGCAGAAAACUCCAUCCUUGGCCUCACCCCCAACCACCCACCACACAAGAGGGUUUCGGCCGGCCAGGUACCACCGCUCAUCCAACCUUUUAGAUCGCCUCUCGCCCCUCUUCCUCACAUCAGAAACGGAGGCCGCUUGCGACCUAUACAAUACCUGCAAGCCUUCUCUUUGAACUUGUUGGGCCAUUGGAUCCUUUUCCCCCCUCUCUUACAUCUUUCGCCGCCUUUUGCUGCAGCCGGGACGCUAGACAGACCCUCACUCGCUGUGUGUAACUUCACACUUGGUCCCCUGCACACCUACUUCCGCGUCCAUCCAACUGUCGUUUCCGUCCUGCCGUCUUGGGUGUUUGUAACCUUCCUGGCCUCUUGGUCCUGUCUAUAAACAACCCGGGAGCACCUCACACAUCUCGCCACCAUGACUUUCGACACAAAGUACGACCACCACCUAGAAGAGGGAUUGCUGCCUGUUGUCAACGAGAAGGGGACCACGACGACGACAUCAUCAUCAUCCAGGACGCCAAACAAAAUGACUGCUGCUCGCCGUCUUCUGCUCACCGUCUUGGUGUGCGGCUUGAUGACCCUCAGUCUCGCCUCGGCCAUUGGUCACCGGGCACGACCUUGCACGAGAGAUCAUCAGGAACAGGUCCUGGUGGCAGAGGGCGAGGUCAAGGACGCCGCCAAAGUGGAUCUCAUUCACAGGCUCCUCCACGCCUACUUCCCCGACCGCUACCAGGAUGGCGUCUAUGCCUCGGACAAGGAAGCCAUUGCUGCCUUCCAGGUGGACGAUGCCGAGCUGGCUUCUGCUCUCGGUCAGCUAGAGAAGCGUCAGGACAAUGGCACCUCGAGCGCUGCUCCCGCUGCCACUCCUACGCCCUCCGCCUCCGAAGCUUCCACGCCGUCUGCCUCGUCCGCGCCGCCGGCCAGUAACACCCCGACCCCGACUCCGACCCCGACGCCGUCUACUCCGGCCACCACCUCCGCUGCUCCCCCGGCGUCCUCCUCCGCAGAGGUCCAGCAGUCCUCCAGCACGCCGCAACAGACUUCGGCAGCGCAGACCACGCCCCAGCAGUCAUCGCAGCAACCCGCCGCCUCGAGCACCCCCACGACGCAGCAGACCUCAGCAGCAGCCCCUUCUUCUGGUACGUCUCAAUCGGAGUCGCAGCAAGCAUCUCCCUCUUCUACUCCUGUUGGGCCGUCCACCGCCUCUACUGGGUCUCCUCCGACGACCAGUGGGUCUCCUUCCUCUUCUUCUCCCCCUCCCCCUUCUUCUGCCCCCUCGUCCGCUCCCACCACGGCCUCCCCGGGGUCUUCGAGUGCGUCCGCGCCGGGUACGUCUGCUUCCCCUUCUUCCGAGACUACUACGGUCGUGACCUCGUCCCCCACGGUGUCCUCCGCUUCGUCGACUGUGUCUGUAUCUGGCACCACCCGCCAAGGCACCACCACCACGCGCAGCACGCCCCGGACCACCUCGUACAGCGAGGUCAAGUCUACCUUUACGUCGACCGCCUCCAACGGCGAUGUUGUCCUCGUGACCGCCACGUCCUUUGUCGCCGUCGAUCCCGAACCCGCCGCCACCUCGGCCGGUUCCAGCGGCAGCAGUGGCAGCGGCGGUCUGCAAAACGUCGCCGUCCCCAUCGGCAGCGUCUCCGUCCUGCCCAUUGGUCUCGCCGCGUUUGUAGCCGGCGCCAUGCUGUUGCUGUAGACACAGCACUGGGACAGCACCAGCACCACUCGAACGUGUACAGCGUUCAUCGUCCACGUUGACGAAAUUUCUGUUUAAAUAUUUAAUCCAUUCCUUUUUUGGGCAGCGGGUUUUGGUUGGUCGGGCGGCACACACAUACACAUCAGCAUCACAACUUACUUACGACAUCUAACGGUCUAUUCACUCCUUGCAUACAAAACUGGUGGGCACAGCACAACAAUCGACACAACGAUACAUAGACUACGCGCGGCCCAUGGCGCCGACAUUUGAUUUUUGGACAGGAGGGGUUAAUAGAAUGGGAGGCACACUCAGAAACAUCGUGGCCUCGGUGUGACAGAGGAGGAGCUAGGGGGAAGAAAGCGGAAGCGGAAGAAAACAGGCCAUCAUCACGAUGGGGUAAACCUGAAAUGUUAGUACAGUUCCUCGGCGGACCCAAAGGGACUCGAGAAACAAACAAGCAGAAUUUUGUGCAAAAAAGAAUGAAAACAAAUCAUUUGACACACAU